CAUUCUCCCGUGUUUUUCUUCUCUUUUUCCCACAGUCAUCUGCUAUGAAUACCCAGCCACCUCUUUUCCCUUUCUCGCUCUGGUUGUUCCCUUGAUACAUUCACCCAGUUUUUCUGUCCUCUUUUCCUCUUGGAGGAGCCUCUGAGUCUGCUCAGUUGUUCCUUGUCAAGAUCCUCGGUUGAGUUGUGAAGGGAAAAAAGGAAAAAACAUGAAUCAGUGUGGUUAUCAGCAGAAGAAGACCUUGACAACCUGCGAGGAGAUGAGGAUGGAAUCAGUGGUGUGCCCUAAACCUCGAAGAUUGGGCCUCAUGAACCACUCAACCUUUGAUAACCACAUCAGACCCUUCAGGCCACCCUUUAUCAACUACCAAUCAGAAAUUGAAGAUUCAGGAGUUGGGGCUGAGCUUAUGGACAUCAUUCUCCCUAAGAGAUCUGGAGGGCAAUUGGGCCUCACACCCCAGUUUAACGUGGAUCCCACCCAGCCAGACCUCAACCCUGUGAUUCCAGUGAGCAAUUUGGUAAUGGAUUGAGAAAUUUUGGUCCAUUCAGCUUUGCACCCCCUUCACCAUCCCUU